AUGGGGCACUUUGCGGAGGCAUCCGAGAGAAUCUCUCUGCCUUACAAUAACGAGAAAGUGACGGCGCAGUUGGCCCAGCUGUCAAUUGAAGAAAAAGUCUCUCUUCUCGCGGGUUCUGGAUUCACUACCACAGCUGGAAUCCCUCGAUUAGACAUUCCUUCCCUCAAGUUAGCUGAGGGAGUAAAUGGUGUCAAGGACGCCAUGGCCAUUGAUGCCGGUGACACAGUCGCCGAUGUUCUGGCAGGCGGUGGUCCCAAGACCGUUUGCUUCCCAAGUACCAGCUGCUUUGGAGCUACCUUUAACCCGGAAUUGAGCUAUCGCCUCGGCCAAGCGCUCGGCAGCCAGGCGAGAGAGAAAGACAUAGCAACUAUCAUGGGCCCGGGUGUCAAUCUGCAUCGUGACCCACGCUGCGGACGAAACUUUGAAUAUUUCAGCGAGGACCCCUAUCUCACAGGCCGGCUGAGUGGCGCCAUGAUCAACGGUAUCCAGCAGCAGGGAGUUGGCGCAUGUGCAAAGCAUUUUGUCGCCAACGAUGCCGAGAACCACAGGAGGGCGUAUAAUGUCAUUGACCCUACAGGCGGCAUCGCGCUACGGGAACUAUAUCUGGCAGCUUUCCAGGAGCUUCUUGUUUAUUCUAACCCAGUCUGCAUCAUGACGUCGUACAACAAAGUCGAAGGUGUUUAUACGUCAGAGACGCCACUCAUUGAGAAGGUCAUCCGUGGAGAAUGGGGCUAUGGCGGUGCCAUCCAGUCUGACUGGUUCGGUACUGUGUCUACGGCCGCAUCUAUUUUGGCCGGCCAGGAUUUAGAAAUGCCUGGACCAUCCAUUUUCCGUGGACCCCGACUUCUCAAAGCCCUCGAAGAGGGCCAAGUCACCGAGGAGCAUAUUAAUCGAUGCGCACGCAAGAUGCUGGAAUGGAUUGACAGAGUGACCAGUUCCGAUCGCAAGCCGGCCUUGACCACUAAAGAAGCCAUCUCCGUCGCCCGUGAGGUUGCCUCGGAGGGAAUUGUCUUGCUCAAAAACGAGAACGAGGCCCUGCCGUUGGAUCUGACGAAAGCUCCCAAGCUCGCUAUUGUUGGACAGCCAGCAGUUGACCCUCCUGUGGGCGGCGGAGGAAGCUCCCUCGCACCUCCGCAAUACGUGCUGAAGCCGUUAGACUUCAUCGACGCUGCGCAUCCUCAGUCGGAGCUUGUUCAAUUCGCUGCUGGCGUUCGAUGCAACAAGCUUCUUCCAACCAUACCCACCGACUUGAUUAGGGCAGAGAACGGAAAGAAUGGAGUUGACGUUACAUAUUACAACAACAAGUCUCCUGAUUCUCCUGUACUCAAAGAGUUCCAGAGCCAUGGUCAAGUUGCGAUGCUGGGUCGUAUUAGACCUGGGUUGGAUGCAGCUGGCUUCAGAUACGAGCUAAGCACAACCUUGACUCCGGAAACCACCGGCAAUCAUACCAUUGGUGUACACACAACCGGCGCAUUCAAGUUAUUUGUAGAUAGUUCCGAGGUCUUGUCUGCACCGUCCCCGAACUGCAAUGCCGAAGACUUCCUGUUCACUCCAUUCAAACUAGAGAAAUCAUGUGCGCAUCCCAUGCAAGCCGGGAAAUCAUAUUCCAUCAAACUGGUCAUUCAAUCCUGGACGUCUGUAAAGCAAAAGCCCAACGAGCCUGCCCCUCACAUUGGACGUCUCUGCUUUCAGUACGCCUUCUCUGACGAGGAUGCUAUUGCGGAAGCGGUCUCAAUUGCAUCCGAAUCGGACGUCUCUAUCGUCUUCGCGGGACGAAACUCGGAGCAUGAGGGAGAAGGCGCAGACAUGCCUGACAUCAGCCUCCCAGGCAACCAAGCUGCCAUGGUGAAGGCUGUGGCGGCUGCCAGCAAGCGAACCAUUGUGGUUCUUUACAGCGGUGGCCCUCUGGAUGUGUCUUCAUUCGUCAACGAUGUUGAUGCGAUUGUCCACGCUCACUACCUGGGACAAGAGGGAGGCGCAGCUAUUGUAGAUGUUCUGUUGGGCAAGGUGAACCCAAGUGGAAAGUUGUCUACGACGUGGCCGAAGCGCUUGGAGGACGUCGGCUCGUUUUCUCAUUUCCCUGCCACUCAGGCUGCCGAUGGUACUAUCGACUUGCAUCUCAAUGAGGGACUCCAAGUCGGGUAUCGCCGCGACACGACCGAAAUUAGCCACAGAUAUCCAUUCGGCUUCGGUCUCUCCUACACCACUUUCCAGUACAGCGAUCUCGUCGUCGAGUCUAGCAGUAUCGGCAACAUCGAAAAGAAGGACAAGUUUAUCGUCAAGGUAAACCUGAAGAACACAGGAAGUGUGGUCGGCGCAGAGGCAGUCCAAGUCUACGUCCGACCCAUCAAUACGCCAGUAUCACGUCCGAAGUCACUCAGAGGGUUUACCAAGGUGACACUCGAGCCUGGAACUUCGAAGGAGGUAGAGAUUGUACUGGAUCUGAAGAAAUCCCUUAGUCAUUGGGACGUUGCAAAGAACGUAUGGAAGGUUGAAAGGGGAACUUAUGGCAUUAGCAUUGGUCAUGUCGAGGGUCUAGAGAGCACGGCAGUUGUGGACAAGGAUUUCGAGUGGUUAGGACUCUGA